AUGACUGAAAAAAUUCGACAAGAUUUAGUUAAUGCCGCAUUUGAUAGAGCACGUGAAAACGCUCAAGGAUAUACAGCUAUUAAACAAAUAAUCCUUAAUAAUGAAAAUCUCAGGAAUGCUGAAAAAAACGAAGCACUAAAGUUUUUAAAUGAAAAGUAUGAUAGAAAAAACAUCCGUUCUAAUAAAGGAACAAAAAGAACUUGUGAAAAAUGCGAAGAAGAAUGUUCUGGAAAAUUAUAUUGCGAAAAUUGUAUUCGAAACUAUUUAAAAAAAAACUUUUCAAAUUGGACAUCUGGAAAUAAAAAUAUUGAUACUCUAAUAAAGAAAUGUCAAAUAGAUACACUUUCCCCAAAUAGAAUCAUUGAAUGGAUUCCAUAUGACAAAUUACAAAAUAUUAAAUACAAAAAAAAAGGUGGAUUCUCUGACAUUUAUGAAGCGGAAUGGAUUAACGGAAGAUAUUAUGAAUGGGAUUCUAAAGAAAAAAAAUUAAAAAGAAAAGGAACUAAAAAAGUAAUACUUAAAACAUUAGAAGAUAAUAAUAAUGAAGAGGUAUGUUAA